AUGGCUUCAAAACCACAUAUCUGCGUUAUCGGUUCCCUCAACGUCGACUUCGUCACAUAUGCCCGGCGCUGUCCCGGGCCAGGGGAAACGCUAACGGGAUCCUCCCUGUCUAUCGACGCAGGCGGUAAAGGCGCCAACCAAGCGGUUGCAUGCGGACGAGCAGCUUUCACCUCUAAGACACAACAAGAUGUGGCUGUGAGCAUGAUCGGUGCAGUAGGUGCAGGCGAUCCAUAUUACCCAACGCUGCUACAACCAGCAUUGGAAAGGUCCGGGGUGGACACGACGGGAAUCGAGCAGAGAACAGACUGCCAAACGGGCUCGGCGACUAUUAUCGUGGAAGAAGGCGAGCAAGGGGAGAACCGCAUCGUCGUGGUACCAGGAGCAAAUCAUGAUGGAAUGAAUGAUGUUGAUAAGACCCUUGCCGUCGUUCAGACACAGUGUCCUGCUUCGCCGCAGGUCGUGGUUUUACAGGGAGAGAUUCCCAGGUCGACUGUGAUUGGUCUGAUGCAGCAUUAUAAUAGGACCGAGAAUCCGACCAAUGUCGUUUUGAAUAUUGCGCCCGUGUACCCGGAUGGUAUUCCACUGUCUGCACUGUCCGGUACAGCUGUCUUGAUCAUGAAUGAAACGGAGACCGUCCAGAUGGCAGAAUCAAUUCCUGAUUUCCCAGUGGGAUCUCUAAGCGAAGCCGAUUUGCAACCGGAUUUGUUGGCUCCGCUUUUCCACCAGGUGGCUAAGAUUCCCAUUGUUUUGAUCACGCUCGGUGCGAAGGGGGUAUUCUUCUCGACAGCCACUGGCCGGAACGGUUCUGUUCGCGGCGUGCAUGUUAAGAAUGUAGUGGACACCACUGCCGCUGGAGAUACCUUUGUGGGCUACUUCUCGGCCGCAUUCGCGAAGUACGCUGCGGCGGGACAGCCUCUCGAGGGCUUUGAUGCUUUCAUCGAGUCGGCCGUACAGCAGGCGAACCAGGCGGCUGCCAUGUGUGUGCAGAGAAAGGGCGCAAUUGAAAGUAUUCCAUUUGCAUAUGAGAUCGCAGUUCACCAAUGAGGCGAAGCAAUACCCGCAGAAUACCACA